AUGAAUUUAUACACAAAAGUGUGUGAAAAUGAUUGUCGAGCCUCCUCUCUGUCCCACGUCCAGCUGUGUGACCAGUCCAGUGUGAGGGGUUUCCUGCUCACCUUCACCUUCUUGGGGAAGCUGGUAGAUGUUGUUCCUUCCCUGCCACAGAGCCUGGCCUCCAGCCAUGUGCCCCUGUUGGAGCGGUUGUGCACCACGCUGCUCUACCCAGACGAGGGUCUGAAGGCCUCAGUGUUCUACGUGUGGCAGAUGGUGUGGGGCUUCCUGAAGCAGCUGCUGAAGCUGGGUGAGGUGGUGUCUGUGCUGAUGAACAGCCCCUGUGAGAAGAUCCGGUCUGAUCUGGAUCAGAGCCUGGACCAGGACCAAGAGGCCCAGUCCAGCACCCAGCUCUCCCUGGAGCGCUGUGGCCAGUGCUCAGUGUAUGGCUGCUAUCCUGGUCCACUCCCCCAGACAGUACUGUGCUUCCUUCAUCCAGGCAGACGUACCUGGCAGCCUGCAGGGGUGCGUCUGUUCCCCAGCGCUCCAGGGUUUGUGGCCGUGGCAGAGGCAGUGCCCUCUGGAGUCUGCUCCCCCAGUCUGCAGGUGGCAACACAGGCUGCCCACGCCCUCACUCACUCACGGACGGACGGACAGACGCAGGCUGUGAGCACCACAAACAUGAGCUACUCUCUCUGUACUGUGUGUCUCUGUAGGGUGAACCACCAGUCCAGCCCAGUACAGUACAAACAGCUGGAGAAGCUGGUGGAAGACAUUAUUGCCCGGUGCACUGAGCUGCCCUUACCUGCCUCCUCGCGGUGCCGAGUGAGCCUCAGAGGAGAUGAGCCCAGCAGCCAGGCCUCGAGAGCGGGAGGGUUUCUACUCCAGGCCCUGGUCUGUUUCCAUGCCGCCUUCAGGUUAGUGGAGCAGUGUUCGUCUGAGCCUGGCCUGAAGGAGAAUGUGUUCACAGCUCCAUCCAAGCAGGUUCAAGGUCAGGACCCGCUGGAGUCCCUGUGUCUGGGUCUGCUUCACUGCUGUGACACUGUUUGCAUCCCCACCAUCACAGUGAGCCCCGCCCCCAGCACACACACGUUCAUGCACCAUAUGUCUACAUGUGUAGAGGCACAGUGAGCUCCGCCCCCAGCACACACACAUUCAUGCACCAUGUGUCUACAUGUGUAGAGGCACAGUGAGCUCCGCCCCCAGCACACACACAUUCAUGCACCAUGUGUCUACAUGUGUAGAGGCACAGUGAGCUCCGCCCCCAGCACACACACAUUCAUGCACCAUGUGUCUACAUGUGUAGAGGCACAGUGAGCUCCGCCCCCAGCACACACACAUUCAUGCACCAUGUGUCUACAUGUGUAGAGGCACAGUGAGCUCCGCCCCCAGCACACACACAUUCAUGCACCAUGUGUCUACAUGUGUAGAGGCAUUGUGAGCUCCGUCCCCAGCACACACACAUUCAUGCACCAUGUGUCUACAUGUGUAGAGGCAUUGUGAGCUCCGCCCCCAGCACACACACAUUCAUGCACCAUGUGUCUACAUGUGUAGAGGCAUUGUGAGCUCCGCCCCCAGCACACACACAUUCAUGCACCAUGUGUCUACAUGUGUAGAGGCAUUGUGAGCUCUGCCCCCAGCACACACAUGUUCAUGCACCAUGUGUCUACAUGUGUAGAGGCAUUGUGAGCUCCGCCCCCAGCACACACACGUUCAUGCACCAUGUGUCUACAUGUGUAGAGACAUUGUGAGCCCCGCCCCCAGAGCCCAGGUGCUCCAGCACUUCUUCUCCAUCCUGUCGUACCGGUUCUCCCUUCUACCCUCCCUCAUGCCCCUCUUCGCUGCCAAACUGGGGGAGGCAUGUUGUAGGGGGAUCAUUUCUUUCCAUCAUUGUUUUCCUCGCCCCCAGGUAUAAUGACCCAUGUCUCUGUCCUCCCACCAUACCUCCGACUCAUCCCCCUCUUCCUCCAUUAUUCUUCCUCUCUUCUUUCCAGCAGCCUCUGGUUUCUUCAGGCUGGCUCUGGAGCACAAAGCUGUCCUCUGUCUAGG